AUAGACAAGAUUGCGCCGCUCGCACGCCAAAAAGACAGCAAUCAUGCGCUCGAGCGCUUGCAAAAAGUCGCAUUAGAGGUGGCUCCUGUGAUGCGCUCAUUCGGAUUCAAAGUCGGCACGCUUUGCGAGUUUUUUCCCCCAAAUCCCCAGCUUCUGGGUCUGAACGUGAACUCCGGCUCGAAAAUAUGUCUCCGUCUGCGGUAUCCGCACGCCAGAGACCGGUUUCUUCCUCUGGAGGACGUGAUUGAGACGAUGUUGCACGAACUCAGCCACAACAGGUACGGCCCGCAUGAUAACAAUUUCUACCGACUACUGGACCAGCUGCGCGAGAAGUACCACUCUAUCAAGCGAAACGGGGCCCUAAAGGAGACAGGGUAUGUCGCCGAGAGCCAGGUCUUAGGGGGCCGCAAAAACGGGCUGAUCCGAGAAAUGCGACUGAAAAAGCUCGGACAGGUCAAAUAUGUGGCAAAAGUUGAAAAACUGGGCUCUAAUAAACCAAAACAGAACAAGAGCAUGCGCGAGUUGAUGCUAGAGGCUGCCGAAAGAAGAGCCAAGGACGCGAAAACAUGC